AUGAGGAAUAUGAGAUUGAGCCCAAAACAAGCUGGAUACCUCAAGAGCCCAGAGAUCCGAGGCGCUCGCAGUGCCUGCUCGAAGUCAGCAAAUUUCCUCUCCCUGUCAGACUGCUGGGUCCUGCCUGAUACUGAUGACUUAAAGAAACCAGUAGUUAUCCCUAGAGUAGACUUUGCUGGACCUCUCAAAGUCCCAUUGCCUUUCACGAGAUCAUAUAGUCCAGUUCUGCAGGCUCAUGGGAUUUACGAAGAAGACUUUGUGGCAUUCCUUGACAAUUUGACCGUGGCUCAAGGCCCGCCUGCUCCUUUGGCGAUGUUAAACACAGCGGGUAGCAUUGCAGGGCUCGUACCCUAUCAUUGGGCACAAUUGGCAGGAGGCAUAGCAAAUGUGACUGCAGGACUAGGGACAGCUGCUAGUCGGAUUAUUCGGACCAAGCUGUUUCUAGAUAAGGUCAACCGUGACUACUUCGAGCCUCGAGGCCUCAAGGCGUCGAUAUGUAAAUCCAAAACUCUGGCCGCCAGAGUGGGAUGCGGUGAGAGACUCCCAGAGCUCUGGCCUACCACACCAGAGACAUAUGAGAUGAGUUUGCAAGACCGCCGAAUGCGGACUCUUGCUCCAUAUGUCGCCCCUCUUAGCUUUGAAGUCCCGCCACCUAGCAAAGAAAGAAAUAUCGUUGACAGAAUGACCGAAAAACAGAUUGAGCGGGCUGUUAAGAAGAAAGAAAAGCAGAGAGAAAGGAAAAGAAGCAAAAUCAGGAACAGCAACCAGGAUCAGCCGCUCGAUAAAUUCGAAUAUGUUCAAUGUUUAGAUGGCAGCCUUACUGACAAAAAGGUGCCAAAAUUGGAGAAGCGGUACGAGAGGAACCAACGAAAGAUGGGAAAGGAUGAAAGGAAAGCCGCCGAGAAAUUGGACAAGAAAGAGCCACUUGAGUCCAAAAAAAUCAAGAGGAAGGAAGAAAAGAAAAUGAGGAAAGCUGAGAAGAAAUGUCAGAGAUUGGACGAACAUGAGAAAGAAGCCAAUUCAAGGCGCGCAGACAAAAUGACCAAGAGUCAGGCAAAAGACCGGAAGAAGUCAGAGAAGAUGGAGUUUCUAUUGAUAGAGUCUUGGACAGACUAG